AAAGGGACCGGACUUGGUAUUUAACUUGACAUUCACCAUGCUUCUUUCCAAAGCGGUGAUGAAUAAUAACUAACGACAUUUACUUGUGUGCUGAACAUAUAAUAACUCUGCUACUUGGGCAAAAUAUUGCACUUUUUUUCUCAGCUAUAUUAAUUUUACAGCCAAUGCACUUGGCAAGAUUAAUCGUUGACAACAGCUACACAACAUGACCGUGCUGCUUUCUUACAGACACUACAUCUGUGAUUUAAUUCAUGAAGGACAUUAUUUGCAUAGAUCUCAUUUCAACCACAUGCAAAGAAGCUGGGAUUUUAGUUUAAACUGUUAAAAGUCACUUCCUAGCUAUGUCUGAUGCCCAUCCUGUCUGACGUGAAUGAUUUAUGUACUUAACUUCUGCACCCAGUUUCAAGUUUGUAGCUUAUCUCGCUGUAAUAUAAAUAGUUAGUUUAUGAAUGUGUAAAUGCAGCUGUCAAGUGUAAACACACUAACGCUGACAGGUGGUGGUAGAUCAAACGUGUGAAACAGAAGUGGGUGGAGCGGGGGAAAACUGUAAACACCGACUGUGCUCUUUGGCUUUACCUUCUGACUUGAUGUAUGAGAUGGAUUAGUUUAGCUGCUAGUACAGCUAAAGAUUAACAAAAAAAUGCUCAGUUAGCGCAUAAAAAAACAACUUUUAAAACGCAAAAUGCGAUGCUAUCUUCACGCAUUUCUCCUCUGCGUGCUUUUCACCUUCUUUUCGCUCUUGUAUGUGUUCAAUCAACUCGCCUCCACCUUGGAGGACAGAGACGACUGGAGCCUGAGAGAGCAGCGCGACACCGACGGGCACCUUAUCAGGAAAAGCCCAGGACUGGAAGGCCUUGACAGGUGUAAAUCACUGGCAGUUUCUUACUGGGAUCCAUAUUGGAGACAGCCUGCUGAUGUUUGUGGAGUGAACUGCUUAUUGGGAUCAUCUCUUAUUAGAGAGAGGUCAGACUCUGCAGCCAAGAAACAUAUCGAUGAGAGAAGUCACCUGGCUGUGGUGGCCUGUGGCCCCCGGCUAGAGGAGACUCUCACCAUGCUGAAGUCUGCUGUUCUCCUCAGCAAAAAACCUCUGCACUUUUACAUCUUCGCUGAGGAUGACCUACAUGACAGCUUCAGAAAAGCCCUGGUCUCUUGGCCCAGGGCAGUUCAGACCAAAUUUAACUUCACCAUAUACCCCAUCACUUUCCCCAAGGAGAAUGCAAACGAGUGGAAGAAGCUCUUCAAACCUUGUGCCUCUCAGAGGCUCUUCCUGCCUCUGAUCCUGAAGGAGGUGGAUUCUUUGCUCUACGUGGACACAGAUAUCCUUUUCCUGCAGCCAGUGGAAGACAUCUGGGCCCUUCUUUCUCAUUUCAAUUCGAGCCAAUUAGCUGCCAUGGCUCCAGAGCACGAGGAGCCACGCAUCGGCUGGUACAACCGUUUCGCUCGCCACCCUUACUAUGGCAAAACGGGCAUCAACUCAGGAGUCAUGCUCAUGAACAUGACGCGCCUCAGGGACAAAUUUUUUAAGAACGACAUGACAACAGUUGCACUGCGGUGGGAGGAAAUCCUGAUGCCCCUUCUCCAGAAGUAUAAACUCAAUAUCACCUGGGGUGACCAGGAUCUUCUGAACAUCAUAUUUCACCAUAACCCAGAAAGCCUGUAUGUGGUCCCCUGCCAGUGGAACUACCGUCCAGACCACUGCAUUUAUGGCAGCAACUGUCAACAGGCUGAACAAGAAGGUGUCUUCAUUCUCCAUGGAAACAGGGGAGUUUACCACGAUGACAAGCAGCCAGCGUUUCGAGCUGUCUACGAAGCCAUCCAAAAGUACCCGUUCGGCGAGAACAUGGAGACCUCACUGCUUCACCCGCUGGAAGCGUCGCUACAGUCCACCACAAAUACUUACUGCGGAAGAGCCAGUCACCUGUUUACCAAGAAGUUAAAACAGAGCAUCGUGUCUGUUCAACAAGAUGUCACACAGAGAAGAUGAUCAACGCAGCACUACUGAUAUCAUUCCAUGAUUAGCGUCUAAUUAGCGACUCGUAUUUAACACACUCCUGUGGAGACAAUGAGCUGGAUGACAAACAGACUCAGGUCAACGCCGAAACCAUCAUCUGUUUACAAACUGCAUAUUAAGAAUGUGGAAAUGUGGGGGGAUGAAAAUCUGCGGCACAGGUUCGACUUUUGUAUUUUUCAAAUGAACGCCAAAUGUUUGUACACGACUGCCAAGGGAACACACAAUCAGGUCACGAAUGCUUUCUCACCGUGGUGGAAGAUGCACUGAAUCCACUUUGCCCUGUAGAGAUUUUUAGACUUCAUAGCUGAUUUAAAAAAAAGGGACACUUUUUUAUAUUCCAGACAAUCAGGUUGGAUUAUUUGUUCUUUUAAUAAGGAACCUGCGACAACUUACUUGUUAAACGUGUACAUUGUCUGUGGUCUUUGGGGGGAAAAGAAGCAGCGGGGUACUUAAAUACGCUGUUCUUAUCGAGAGUAUUUUAUUAGAGCUGUUUUAAUAUAAUUUUGCAUACAGGCCUUGUACUGGUAUUUUUGUCACUCCAGUAUGUCAUGUUCAUUGUUUUCAGGUACUUUGAGUUUAGUUAUUCAGGAAUUCUCUUCCUGAUUUUUUUUUUAAAAAUGCUCAAAGAAUACUGUAAACUAGAAUCUGAUCAGUAUUUAUUGUUUCUGGACAUAUGUGAAAGGAAGUACUUUUGAUGUCUUCCUUAAGGUUGUCAUGUCAUAUACUCUGGUAUGGGAUUUUUCAAAGCACAUUGUAUUAGAGUUUCAUGAAUUUCAGUUACUAAUAUCAGCACUUUUUUUUUUUUUUAUAACUGGAACAAUAUCAUAGGGAGCCAGAUGGCAUCAUGAAAUCAUCUGCUCCCUGACAGGUUUAGCACAAGUUUGCACUAUUGAUCUGAGAAACCGAGCAGUGGAACAACGCGCUCGUAUCCGUGAUUUAGAUGUUUAAAUGUAUAUCAAAUGAAUGAUAAAUAAAUAUUUUAUUCAAAUUGUAA